CUGUGAAUAUGACUGACAAUUUAUAUUUAACUAAAAAUGUUUUUUUGCGUUUAUAUAAUAGAAAUGGCUCUCAUAUUGAUAAAAAUAUAAGGAAUACUAAUGAAUUAUUACCUUACAUACAAAAGGAUAACAAUUUAGUAUUCUAUUUAACUGGUUAUACGUAUGACAUCGAUUCUGACAAUGUGAAAAUGAUAACGAAUGCAUAUUUAUAUAAUACGCAAGAUAAUAUUUUAGCACUCGAUUAUCGGGAAAUUACAAAUCAAAUUUAUCUAAUUUCCGUGAUAACAAUUAAUCAACUGAGCACAUUUAUAGCCAAUGCUCUGAACAGUUUAGUGAAUAAUGGCAUAAACCCAGAAAAGAUACAUUUAAUUGGACAUUCAUUAGGUGCGCAACUUGCAGCGAGAAUAGGUCGUAAAACGAACUUCAAAAUUCCAAGGAUAACAGCCUUAGAUCCUGCUGGUCCUUUAUAUUAUUUUGUCGAUUCUCAUAUAACUUCCUCCGAUGCUAAAUUUGUGGAUGUUAUACACACUGAUAUGGGUUUAUAUGGAUUGGCUAUAAAAGUUGGACAUGUAGACUUCUUUCCUAAUUAUGGUUAUAGACCGCAACCAGGUUGUAAAAUAAUUGGCCCAUUAUUGUCGGUAGAAGAUUUUUGUAGUCACAGUAGAUCUUUCGAGUAUUAUGCGGAAUCAGUUAAAAACAAUAAUGCCUUCAUCGCUAAGUGUAGAAAUUGUAAGGAUACUUCAUUUAUUCCAAUGGGAUAUUCUACACCUAGCAACGCGAGAGGUAACUAUAACCUCUUAACAAAUGAACGUAGUCCAUAUGGCCGAGGCUUAAAAGGAAUAUUCAAUAUUUCAUAGAACACAGGAUAUUUAUCUGUAUUUAAAUUGAUUGUAUUUAUUGUUAUUUCACAGACAAAAAUUUUAUUUCAUCUUUAAAUAUUUAUAUUAAGAUCUAAAUGAUUAACAAUAAGUUUUAUUAUGAAAUAUAUGAUAUUAUAGGUUUUAGUAUUUGUUAUCAAUCAAGUUGUUGUGUAUCAAUUUUCUUCUGUAAAUAAUAAUUCUAUAUA